CCAUGAUUUGAUUUCCAUCUUUCUCAUCUAUAAUUCUACUCACUUUUUCUUCUUUCUUUCAUAAUAAAUCAACAAUAUUUAAUUAAAUCUCAAGCUUGAAAUGAUCAUAACUUACUAUCUAUAAUUUCUUUACCAAGCAUAUUAUAUAUUGUCAACCUAGGUUGCACAAUUAAAAUAUUUUGAUACUUACUAUGAUGUCAAAUGAUCAAAUAAUAAUCGAAGGCGAAGGAGGAGGAGGAGAAGGAUCAUCAUCGAGAUCUAAAACCACUAUACUCAUAGCACCAUCUGACGAUCAUCAUCAUCAUCAGCUACCACCAGUACCACCUCAACUGAGUAGAUAUGAGUCUCAGAAACGUCGUGAUUGGAAUACUUUUGGACAAUACUUGAAAAAUCAAAGGCCACCUGUUCCUUUAUCCCAGUGUAACUAUAACCACGUGCUAGAGUUUCUCCGAUACCUAGAUCAAUUUGGAAAAACUAAGGUACAUUUACAUGGUUGCCCUUUUUUUGGUCAACCAGAGCCUCCAGGGCCUUGUACUUGUCCUCUUAGACAAGCAUGGGGAAGUCUUGAUGCACUUAUUGGUAGGCUUAGAGCUGCCUAUGAAGAAAAUGGUGGCUUACCUGAGAAUAAUCCAUUCGCGAGUGGAGCUAUACGCGUUUAUCUUAGAGAGGUAAGAGAUUUUCAAGCUAAAGCAAGAGGAAUUUCUUAUAAGAAGAAGAAGAAGAAGAGGAAAAUGCAAAACAAACCUACUUCUAGUAAUGCUCAUGAGCCAACUACAACUACCUUUCAAUUCCAAUCUUCUUGAAUUUCUAUGAAGGAACAAAGCAAAAGGUAAAAAAAAUAAAAUUAAAAUUGCUAUGUUUUUCAAUAAUAAGAGGAUUAUUUGCUUUGUUUUUCUCAAAAUAUAUGUCAUAGAAUUUUCUGAUAUCAGAGAUAGAGUCAGAAUUCCUUAGUUUAUGAGUUCUGGACCAUAAUCAUUUCAGUUUAGUUACAAAGUUACUGAAUUCUGUUGAAUCUGUAAAAUACCAUGAAGGUUAACUUCAUGUUGUAAACAUGUUGGAUGUUUAUAGUUCAACAUGGACUAUGAAUUAAAAGAAUUUUCUUUAUGCUACAUGGUUUGGAUUUGAUCCAUUUU